UCUCUCUCUUCCCCUCCUACAGACAGUGUAGUGGAGGAUGGAGAGUUAUCUACAGUGUGUUAUAGACCAGAGGGGUUGGACCAGCUACUACAACAGACUAAGUUCACCAGGAGAGAACUACAGAUCCUCUACAGGGGCUUCAAGAAUGAAUGCCCUAGUGGUGUGGUGGAUGAAGAGACAUUCAAGUUAAUCUACUCCCAGUUCUUUCCUCAGGGAGACUCCAGCACCUACGCUCAUUUUCUGUUCGAAGCGUUUGACACCCACAAGAAUGGAAUGGUGAGCUUCGAAGACUUCGUCACAGGCCUGUCAAUCAUCCUGAGAGGUUCUGUCACAGAGAAACUCAACUGGGCUUUUAACCUCUACGACCUCAACAAAGAUGGCUUCAUCACCAAAGAGGAGAUGACUGAUAUAAUGAGCUCUAUCUAUGACAUGAUGGGGACGAUGAACAACUUCUUCCAGGUAAGAACGAUGCCCCAGAUCUAG